ACGUCAAGUGUGCUAACUGUCGUGAAAGCACAUCGACGGAAAAAGAAGCGAGCAAGACGCUAAUAAGUCAGUCUUAUUAUUUCUUAUCCAGUUUGAAAUAUUUACGUCGUAUAAAAUACAUCUUUGAUUCUUUAUUUCAGGAUAAAGUCGUCUCGAAGCACCGUGCCACUUCUCGUGCUAUCUUAGUUAGCUUAGCUUGCUAGUUAGCUUAGCUUGUUAGCUGCUAACAAAGAGACGCGGACGUUAUCAACACAUCGCUAAGUAGAGAUCAAAUGUGAGUGUAAAGUGUUGUGAUUGUGGGAAAAUGUGCGAAAGAACGAUAGCAAAGUACGAGGAGGAACUUUGUCCGACAAAAGAGGAGAAGGAGCGACAACAUCAACUACUGGACGCUGUUUUCAAGAAACAUCAAGUUGUGUUACACAGAACAGAUGUCGAAGAAGAACAUCUUGCUCGUGAGCAAGAAGAAGAGCCACAGCCCCCCCACAUUAAGGAGGAAGAAGCUUUACCACAUUCCCAUCACGUUAAAGAGGAGGACGAGACGCCAAAGACCCAUAGUGUUAAACUGUCCCUUCACAUUAAAGGUCAAGUGGCGGACCCACUGAUCUUACACAGCAAAAAUGAAGAGGAGGACCCACUGACCCCUCACUUUAAGGUUCAAGAGAAUCCGCUGACCCCUUACAUUAAAAAGGAAAAGGAGGACCCACUGAACCCCUACUUUAAAGAGGAAGAGGAGGACCAAGAGCCGCUGCACAUUAAAGAGGAAGAGGAGGAACACAGCAUCAGUCAGCCUAAAUGGUUGGAGGAGUUCCCAGUGACUGGUGUCCCUGUGAAGAGUGAAGAUGAUGAGGUCAAAGGUGAACGUGAGGAGAAGAGCAGCAGCUCAACACAACACAUGACAACAGAAGCUGAUGGAGACCACUGUGGAGGAUCACAAGCAGACAAGCUCUUAGCUCCACUAUCAGAUAGUGAGGACACAACGUCACACUCUCCUGACACUGAUGAUGAAGACUCUAAAGAUGAUAAGACAUGUCACACUGACAACACACACUUCACAUGUUCUCACUGUGACAAAACUUUUAAAUACCAUAGUCAUCUGAAAGUACACAUGAGAACACACACCGGAGAAAAACCUUUUAUCUGUUCACUCUGUGGUAAAGGUUUUGUAGAAAGUCACAAUUUGAAAGUACACAUGAGAAGACACACUGGUGAAAAACCUUUUUCUUGUUCAAUCUGUGGUAAAGGUUUUGCACAAAGUUCAUGUUUGGUGAAACACAGAAGAAGACACACCGGAGAAAAAACUUUUAUCUGUUCAAUCUGUGGUAAAGGUUUUGUUCUAAGCAACAAUUUGAAAGUGCACAUGAGAAUACAUACCGAAGAAAAACGUUUUAUCUGUUCAACCUGUGGUAAAGGUUUUGUAGAAAGUCGCUAUUUGAAAGCACACAUGAGAACACACACUGGUGAGAAACCUUUUUUUUGUUCUAUCUGUGGCUUAUCUUUUACAAGGAAGGAACAUUUGGAAGUGCACAUGAGAACACACACUGGUGAAAAACCUUUUUCCUGUUCAACUUGUGGUAAAGGUUUUACACAAAGUCGUUGUUUGAAAAGACACAAGAGAACACACACUGGCGAAAAAUCACAUUCCUGUUCAAUCUGCAACAAAAGCUUUUGUGACCGAUCGAACCUUGUAGCACACAUGAGAACACAUCCAGGAGAGAAAGUGUUGAGUUGCAGUGUGUGUGGUGAAAGAUUCUCAUAUAAGUACCAGUGUAAGAAACACAAGUGUGCUGGUGAGAACAGCAGCAGCAAAUGAAACUGCAGGAUUUGACUUUCUAACAACAUCAGCACAUAUAACAUGUGUGACAUUGUUGUUUGUGUAACAAUCUUUUUAAUAUGCUUCUACAUUUAUAGAUUAUAUAUUUUAUGAUAGUGCUUUUUUUCAGUCAAGUACAUGCAUUAAUAUGCAACAUUGUGUACUUUUAUUAAACAUUUAACAAAACAAUUUGACU